AUGUUUACUGAAUCACAGUCGCUAGUAACGUACCACACAUUCUCCAUGUCUGCGUAUUUUUUUCCAAUAGUUGGUGCCAUAAUUUCAGACAGUUUUAUAGGAACAUUUAAUACAAUUCUUUAUGUUUCGAUAUUAUAUGCUGGUGGGUGCAUUCUACUUGUACUAUCAGCUACUGAUCCCAUAGGGUUACCUAAAGCUGGCUUUUCACUAUUGGGCCUAAUGAUCAUAGGCAUAGGCACCGGUGUUAUUAAACCAUGCAUCACAGCGAUUGGAGGAGACCAGUUUCGCCUACCUCAACAGGCGAAGGAACUGGAGAGGUUCUUCUCUUUAUUUUACUUUUCUAUCAAUGCUGGAAGUUUGCUAUCAAUGUUUAUUACCCCCAUUUUAAGAAAUGAUGUACACUGCUUCGGUAAUGAUAGCUGUUUUCCUCUGGCUUUCGCAGUUCCUGGAAUUCUGAUGAUAAUUGCUGUAGUCUUCUUCGCCGCAGGACGACCAACAUAUAGAAUCAAAAAACCAGAGGGCAACAUCAUAGUACAAGUUACAAAAUGUAUUGUGUGUGCAAUAAAGAAUAAGUUGAAGUCCAACGAGAAAAAGCAACAUUGGCUUUAUUAUGCAGAAGAAGAAUACGGACAAAAACUAGUAAACGAUACUAAGGUAACACUCCAUGUUUUAGUUCUCUUUCUUCCGCUGCCGAUUUUCUGGGCUCUCUAUGAUCAGCAAGGAUCAGGAUGGACCUUGAUGGCCGUGAGAAUGGAUGGAAACAUUGGAUUUUAUACAAUUUUGCCAGAUCACAUGCAACUCGUCAACCCAUUGUUCAUUUUGGCUUUUAUUCCAUUGUUUACCUACUACGUUUAUCCACUUCUAGGAAAAUGUAACUUACUGAAUACUGCUCUGCAGCGAAUGGCUGGUGGAGGAUUUUUAGCAGCUGUCGCUUUUGCCGUUUCUGCCUUUGUCAUGAUUGCUAUUGAAAAAAAUGAUCCAGUAUUACCAUCAGCUGGUAACAUACAAUUAAGGGUGUAUAAUCCAUCAAGCUGUUUUAUGUCUGUUACCACCGAUAAAACAGAAAUAAAGCCAUUUACCUUAGAUCCAACAUCUUUAUAUGUGGAUCAGGAUAUUGAAUGGAGUGGAAGUAAAUCUGCAACAUUUACAUUUAAGUCUAAUACUAAAGAAUGCCCAGAUGGUGUACAAAUAAUUUCUCUAGAGGAAAAGAACGCCUAUGGUAUUUUUAUCCAAUCAAAUGGGACCAUCCGCUUUUACGAAGAUGACGUAGCUAAGAGCAAAACUGGUUAUCCUUUAGUGAGAACCCUACCUUAUACUGAUAUUGAUGUUAAGUACACGUUGAAAAAGAAAUCAAUUAAUAUAAAUUCAGGAAACAUAUCUGCAAGAGAAUUCAGUCCUGGUCGUUGGUCAGUAGAGGUAGGAGACAAACAAUUUGACAAAACUCUAGAGUUGGAACUUGGUGGAAUAUAUGCUGUAAUGCUUAAUGAUAAACAAAUGGACAUGGAUUAUACGAUAGUGACAAAACCCAAUGCAAUCCAUAUAGCUUGGUUACUUCCUCAAUAUUUUAUUAUGACUGCUGCUGAAAUUAUGUUUGUCAUCCCAGGAAUAGAGUUUUCGUACGCUGAAUCCCCGACCUCGAUGAAGUCUUUAGUUCAAGCUUGCUUAUUAUUGACAACUGCAUUUGGAAACUUGAUUAUUGUUGUUAUAUCAUCUAUGGAGUUUUUCAAUAAAAAGAGCAACGACUUUUUCCUUUAUUGUGGACUGAUGGUGGCCGACAUAUUGAUCUUUUCGUGGCUGGCAAUGAGGUACACGUAUAUUAAGAAGGAAGAAUCACCGCAAAGCUCAGAAAAUGUUCCUAUAACAAAUUAA